CCGACAGUACGUGGACCGGUGGACGUACUACAUAUACUCUAUCAAACUAUAGAAGACCAAGAAGCACAAUAUAUGACCGAGCGAGCUGCCACACCUGAAGUGCAAUACAGUAAUCGAGUAUAUUUGUGCGAUAAAAAUAGUUCAUAUGAAUAUUUAGGUCUCAAUUUAUAUUAUUGUGGUCAGGUUACCUCCUUUUGCUCCGUUCUAGCUAUACAGAUAAAGCAUAUGAAGGUCUACGCAGAAACGGUUACUUUAAAGCUUAAACAAAUUUUGUAGGUACGGUGCAUGUAAAUCGACAUCUCCCAUACAACAAACAAGAUCUGUGCACUAUAUCCUCACUCGACGAAGACUAUUGAAUGUAUUUUAAGUUUCAAGAACAACGGUUGAAAUGACAGAUCAUGAUCACGCUACACAGCCGCUGCUACAGCAAGUGGCAGACAAUGAACACAAACUCACAAACUUCCAUUCUAGCAUCUCGCAACAACAGGGGGUGAAAGAUGCGACGGUUGAUCCAGCACAAAGACCUCUGGUGAAAUCACUUAACAGGUUCAUAUUCGGCAUGGUGCUCUCAUUUGCGUACAACUUGGGCAUGCUCAUCAUACACAUCCACACCCAGGGAAAAUCUUACUUUGGAUUGAUCAUACCCAGUUUCAAAUAUGCCAUGCUGCUUUAUCUGGGCGUACAGACACGCCGUCUAGUGAUUAACUACUUCGAGAAGAGCGGGGCUUCACCUGAGGAACAGUUGCAGAAUGCAGCUAAGGCGAUAGUUAUGAUACGAACACUUAUCAUGAGAGUGGGCAAUGUGGCUAUAAUGACAACACUCAUUGCGUUUGUAACCAGGGUGGUGCUGAAGCACGAGGAUCCGGAUGUAAAGGAUUUUCCUCUGUGAAGGGGAGGUAUAUAAUAUUUACUGCACACUACAUGACGUAUACUAUAUAUUGAGUCUCGUAUACAUAUACCUCGAACAAGGUUGCUAUGGCAACUGCUUUUAUCCGAGAUAUAUCUAGUACGCUACGUAGUCGAGCAUGAUGAUCUUGGGCGAACAGUUUGCGUACGAGAGUUUAAGGCACACAGUGUGAGAUUCGGAUCAUAUCCGAAUAUGAUAGAUACCCGGUACUACUUAUCCCAAUUCUAUAGAUAGUAGAAGAAAGCCUUGUUGGGUGCUUAAACCUGCAACCCGUGCUCGAGCAUCAACUAUGCGCGUGAGGGUCUGGAGACGAGAUUGUACAUUGUUCGAGUUCGGAGGAGGGUACAACCAUUCGAAGGAUCGAUGUUGAGUGGUCUCGUGCUACUGAUGAGAGUCAGUAUAUGGCGAUGUGCAUGGAAAGAGAGAACGACUUUACGAACGAAUGAGACAAUACACACAUUGUUCGUUGAUGUCGUGCUGAUGCCGAGAUUAGAACUCUGUGGUACUUACGAAGUACCGGGAGAUUCACUGGGGGUGCGACGGCGAGAGAUGUGGUGGAUCGGUAUAGAUAUACUCUGCUAUGUACGCUAUGUAUAUACUCUUAGAUGUGCUAAGCAUGUACUUCUGGAUGUGAUAAGCAUGUACUUCUAGAUGUGCUGUCCAACACGGUUUAUACAUGUGCUCACGUUGGAUCACUUAGAGUGAUCGCACAUAUGCACGUGGAUAUACACCAUGCAUACACGGUCUUCGAGUACAGAUUCACACGCGAUUAACGUAUACGCGUGUGUAGGAUUGUGGGUUUGUUCAAGAAUAACGAUACCGCGCAUAUAUCCCAAUUGUUGGAUUACCGAUCAUGGAACCAAUCAUAAAAUACGAUUGUUUAAGGUCGCAUAACUUGACUAGUCUUCUUGUGUGAUUG